GAGGGGCAGGAGGAAAGCCAAUAGUGGGAACGGGGGGGCGGGGCAGGGCCAAUCGCGAGAAACGGCGGGGCGGGCCGGAGCUCCUCUCGGCCUGCCCCGGGUCCGGACCGGCGGUUGACGCUCGGGCGUUCCCGGCGGCGGCUAGGGCGUUGAAGGCGGCCAUGCUGCAGCUGCGGGACUCGGUGGACUCGGCGGGCACGAGCCCCACGACGCUGAUCCCGACCCACGGGGGCGUGGGCGUGGGCGUGGCGGCGCCGGGCGCGGGCCUCGGGACGGGCAGCGCGGGGGCCGGGGGCCGGACCCCGAUGCGCCAAACGCUGUGGCCGCUCAGUGUGCACGACCCCACGCGCCGCGCUCGCGUCAAGGAGUACUUCGUGUUCCGGCCUGGGACGAUCGAACAGGCAGUCGAGGAGAUCCGUUUGGUCGUCCUGCCCACGGAGGAUGGAGAGGUACAGGGCGUGUGGCUGCUGACAGAGGUUGAUCAUUGGAACAAUGAAAAGGAGCGGCUGGUUCUUAUCACAGAUCAGUCUCUGCUGAUCUGUAAAUAUGACUUCAUUAAUCUACAGUGCCAGCAGGUGGUUAAAAUAUCAUUAAAUGCAAUUGAUACCAUUUCUUACGGAGAGUUUGAAUUUCCUCCUAAAUCACUGAAUAAGCGAGAAGGUUUUGGGAUUCGAAUUCAGUGGGAUAAGCAAAGCAAAGCCUCCUUCUUAAACAGAUGGAAUCCCUGGUCCACAAAUCUGCCUUAUGCCACUUUUGUAGAACAUCCAAUGGCAGAUGCUGAUGAGAAGAUUGCAUCUCUUUGCCAGUUGGAGAGCUUCAAGGCUCUAUUAAUCCAAGCCGUCAAGAAGGCCCAAAAGGAAUUCCCUUUACCAGGUCGAGCCAAUGGCGUGCUGGUCUUGGAGCGUCCUCUUCUCAUCGAGACCUACGUGGGGCUCAUGUCCUUUAUCAACAACGAGGCCAAGCUAGGAUACUCUAUGUCAAGAGGCAAAAUCGGCUUCUAAACUACAUUUUAUAAUCCACUUGCUAUAGAAGUUGUCAUUUGGGUGUUGUGACUGUAAAGGAAAUCACCUCCUCAAAGGUAGAUGGAGGAUGCAGGGUAAGCUUAUAGGUAAAAGGAUGUGUAAUAGUUACUCACCUCUAGGGUUCUGAAUAGCAAAAUGAAUUACAGACUUCAAAUAUUCAGUACUUGGCAACAAUACAAGCUAUACACAAAGGGCAAAUUGAAUCCAGUUGUCACUUGUAUUAGCUGGUAUUUUAUUUUCUAAUUACUUCUAGUGCUUUUUCUUGAGUGUGUGGAUUUUGCUUUUUUUGACAUUUCCCAAUGCAGCCACUCUAGCAUGUUCCUAAAAAAGUAGGAAUGAUUCCACUUAGAAUGUAAUGUGGAUGUUAAUCAUAUACAAGGAGAGGUACCUGAUGACUAGUGCCUGUAGCCAAAAUGUUUACACUUAGGGGCAAUUUUAAUUUUUUUUUUUAAGAAAAAAAGCUUCUUUUUCUUUUUUCCUUUUUAAGAAGCCAAAUGCAAAAGUAGCCAACAGACUGGCCCAUCUUAGCUGGACUUAGUCUUUGCCUUUGUUAGCUACUGUUGUGGAUGUUAGUACUUGUUUUGUAAAUAUGAGUUUGGUGAAGUCAAACUUUUUCUAGAAUGAAUCUAAAUUGUGUUAAUAUUUAUGCUACCAUAUAUAGGCCCAAAGAGGUUUAUGGGGGGGAGGGGGAAAGAGAACACUUUAAGACUAUUUAACUGGUUUUAUUAAGACAUUCACCUUGAUAAUUCUUUGCACAUGAUUUUAUUAAUAUAUAUGCUAUGUUUUUUAUUGCCAUAUGAGUAUUUAAAAGGGAAUCGAUUCGCUUUGCUCUUCGAGUACUGCACUUUUUCAAGGCCUCCUGUUAGACUAGCAUUAAGCAACUAACGUCUAAUACGGUUAUCCAUGUAUGUAUGUAGCUUAAAACACUGCACUUAUUACCCAAGCUUUUGUGUCCUGGUGUGAAUAAUAUAGUUAAGGAUGAUAGCCUUUUACAAAUACAUUAUACAGAUCCAAUUAUUGCUAGACUACUUAGAAGACUAAGAAUCUUGUCUGCCACAAAAUACAGCUUAAUUGUUUAUAGACUUUCCUUACUGUCUAACCAGCCUCUUGGUUGGCGUGUGGAUGUUUGUGUGUUUGAAACUUUGUUUUUAAAUAUCUGAUUUAAUUGUUAGCUUGUCAGAUAUCUGGCAUGUGUGUGUCUGGAAUGCAAUAUGGUGCAUGUCCAAAAUAGACCAUUUGAGAAAACACCUGCGUGUCUAACUUCUGUUUGUAAUCUUGUAGUAAAGUCAACUCCAACUUUACCAGUGUUGUUCCUUUUCUGACUUUGGACAAGUAUUGAAGUGAUUCACUUUUAACAGAUGAGUUAUCUGGUUAUAAUUUUAAAGGAUAUGAUUUAACAGAAUAUCUAUAUACUUAAAAAAAAAAAAAAAAAGACCAUAACCACCUGAUGUUUUCCUUUACAGAGAAGGAAAACAUACCAGCUCUGGCAGAGGAAGAUACCUAGCACUUUAGAACAUAAGUCAUCUGGUGACAUACAUAACACCAAAGUUACUCAAUAGUUUGCCAUGGGAUUUUUAGGUACAGCUUCAUUAGCAGCUAACUUCUCCAAUUCUCUAACAAGAUGAGAUAAAAUGUGGGUUGGCAGGCUUUCCCUGAUGUCUCAGGGCUGAUUCUAAGGUAUAGCUUUUGUCAAACUUUUCUGAAACAGGUUUAGAUUGGCAGCAUCUCACAAGGCAGUAACAAUUCUAAGAACAAUUCAUGAUGGUUACAAAGAGAAGGUGAGGGGGAAGAGGUUCUAGGAGCUGGUUAUGUAGUCCUAUCUAUCAUCCUGUUUUCUUCAUAGUCACUGGUAUCCCAGAAACAGGGUAAUAUGCCCCAAGUCUAUCAUAAUG